AAAACAGCUGUAUGUAAGCUUGAGUCACACAAACCACGGUCAGAAUCACCGCACAAUGAGGAAAAUCCAAUUUUCAGCCCCAUUUUAUGUCAAGAGGAUCUGCUCCAGUACCGUACUACGUCGCAACGGGUCGCAACAGCCUUGCAGAAAACGAAGAUGGUCGCCGAUGGUCGCUUCGCUGCACAGCAGCUGUCAGCAGUAGACGCGUGAACCCGUGAACGCUUCAAGAAAAAGGAGCAAUUCGUCCGCAAGUAACAUCGUAGCAGCAAGCAUGUCGCCCGACCUUUUUCUUGAGAACAUUCAUCUCGUAGGUUUAUUUUUGAACGGAGGGUCAGUGACUCACAUCCCUGAUUACGAUUCAAAGGGCCGCUGGCACGAAUCAGGAGAUCUUGUGGAAAUCGAUACUGAACCUGUCAUUAUUUUAGGAUGGGGUGAAUGCAGAGAGGAUGCUGUAUCUAAUGCGAAAGAUUACUAUCGUAGACUAAUUAAAUGGCACAAUGGUGAUAGCAAUCCGAACGAGGAGCUGAAGGUAGAAUUUUACGGACAUGACUUGGCCCAAAGUGAAUUGCUCAACACCAGUUUCAGCUCAGAAUCUGAUUCAUACUCAGACUAUCAACCAGCAGCCAAGAAGAGAAGACAGAUUUGACAUUAUUCGAGUAUUUUAAUUACAUAACUAUUAUUCUAUUUUAAAUUUGUUUUGUAUAUUGUAUGUUAACGUGGCUGUUUUACUUAAUUUGCCUAGAUGUAAUGUCUCAUUGUGAUAGUGUGAUCUCCUAUUUUUAAAGCUGUGUGAGCCUUGACUUAUUGACACAUGAGUGGAAAUAAAAACUUUUUGAUGUAAAUUAAUUUAAAUAUCUCACCAA